CUCAACUCCUUUGUCUCCCUCCCAACCAAACCAUCCUCCCCUCAUCGCGCACAAUGCGUGCUAUCCGCUCCACUCUCUUGACCUGCGAUGCUGCUCUGAAACAAUUGCUCCUCUCCCUCGAAGAGUCACGCCCCAACAACGCCCGCUUCGUAAUAGAAGACCUCGACGAGACGCACCUCCUCGUCGACUCAAGCAUGGUCGACGAGAUUCGCUCCUUGCUGCAGGAAGAGCUAGACAAGAACAGUUGGAGCUUGCAGGAGGGUGCCUAAAGCGCGACGCCUCGCUCGAAGACGG